UCUGACAUAAUAUGUGUUUUGGUGUUGAAGUACAGUACUGAUCCUGGCAGUGGGGAUCAUGGGCCUAGUGUCCAUGUGCUGCUACACGGGGCUUGUCAUCUUUGCCUACUUCCACACCUGCGACCCGAUAUCCACUAAGAUGAUCAAGAAGUCUGACCAGUUGCUGCCGUAUUUCGUAAUGGAAAUAGCUGGCAGUGUACCGGGCUUUCCGGGCGUCUUCAUGUCCGGAGUAUUCAGCGCAGCUCUCAGUUCAAUGUCCACUGGCCUCAACUCGAUGUGUGGAGUGAUCUUCACCGACUUCGUGCGGCCCUGUCUGAAAGAGCCCGUGUCCGAACUGCGCUCCAGCUGGAUCAUGAAGGGCAUUGUCCUCAUCUUUGGGGUUAUCUGCGUCGCGAUGGUGUUCUUCGUCGAGAAGCUCGGUGCAAUUAUCCAGGCAGGUAAAAGUCUUGCUGGGAUCACUACUGGGACACUUCUCGGGAUGUUUUCUCUGGGGAUGUUCUUUCCUUGGGCUAAUUCUGAGGGAGCCCUGGCGGGCAGUGUGGUGUCGCUGGCGCUGCUAGCCUGGUUGUCUGUGGGGACGCAGACCGCUGUGGCCCGAGGACAGAUCACUUUCCCCCAGAAGCCCAUCUUCACGUACGGCUGCCCUGAGGAAGUACUCAAUAGAACUCUCACCUUCGUACACGCUGCACCCAAUGCAGGAGAGCCAUUUGCGGUGUUUCGACUGUCGUACAUGUGGUAUUCUUUGGUGGGCACGGCUACCACGUUACUGGUGGGGAUGGCUGUUAGUUGGUGGACCGGAUUCACUGACCCAGCAACUGUGGACAGAGACCUUCUGACCCCCGUCAUACACAGGUUUCUACCACCCACAUCUACACCGGCAACCUCUACACAGAACAAUGCAGAUUUGGAGUUGAAGAAAAGGCACAAUUCUUGACAACAGGAUUAGAGCUAGAAGAGUAUCUUUAUAAGAAUACUUUCGUUAAUGAUGUACAUUUUAUUAAACGUUUUAAGGAAA